AUGGGGUACGAAGGGAUGCCGAGAGUCGUGAUCGGCAUAGAUUUUGGAACAACCUUUAGCGGUGUGGCCUGGGCCCUCGAAAACCGUCUCGAUGACGUGGAAGUCAUCCAGAUGUGGCCAGGGGAUACGUCGCAGAAAGUGCCCACUGUAUUUGAUUAUUGCAAAGGGAAGAUCCGAUGGGGCUACCAAGUUGAUGACACCUCGAAAUCCAUCAAGGGGAUCAAGCUCCUACUGGAUGAAAGCCAAAUUUACCGCUAUGGUCCUUCAAAGGAAGCUUCCAACCUUCUGCAGACCAUGAAAAAGUCCCCGAUCAGUGCUGCGCUGCAAACAAUAAACAUUCAGUUCAUCCUGACGGUUCCAGCCGUAUGGUCAGAUAAGGCGAAAGAUGCUACAAUGCAGGCAGCAUGCCUGGCAGGCAUCCCCAAUCAGGACUUGUUCCUAGUUUCAGAGCCUGAGGCAGCGGCGGUAUAUGCAAUUCAGAGUAUCCAGCCUAACACAAUUUCUGAGGGUGAUUGUGUCAUUGUUUGUGACGCUGGUGGAGGGACUGUGAACCUGAUCACGUACCGCGUCAAUAAAACAGAGCCAUUGAGACUGUCCGAGAUAACCGAGGGAACCGGGGCGAUUUGUGGCUCGGUGGUUUUGGACGAACGAUUUGAGGAAUUCCUUACCAUCAGGAUUGGGAAAGAGAGAUACAAUCAGCUGCCUCGCACAUCAAAAGCCUUUGCACUAAAGUAUUGGCAAGAUUAUGUCAAACCUAAUUAUCAAGGACCCCUAGACACCGACGACUUUGCGGAUGUGGGCUACUGCAUUCCGAUUCCAGGUAUUCCGGAUAUUCCAAACGUCAAUGUAGCAAACGGAGUUCUCUACAUGGAUAGCAACGAUGUGGAGUCCAUUUUCCGCCCCGUUUUGCGACAUAUCGAGGAAUUGGUUACAGACCAGCGUCUCAAGGCGAAGCAGACGGGGAAUUCUACGAAGGUAUGCAGCCCAAGCUCUAGCGUUACUCAAUCGCUGAUUCUUACUGAAAACUAUCAGGCAAUUGUUCUUGUUGGAGGCCUGGGUGCAUCUGAGUAUCUUUGCAAGCGAUUGCAAAAGGCAUCACAGGGUGUUCAAGUUAUGCAGCCACAGAACGCUGGAGCUGUUCAUCGAGGCCUGGAGGGUAACCAGGUAGACAAUAGAAAGGCCAGAUGUCAUUACGGUACAAAAUGUCGCCGCCCGUACAGCCCAAAAUUUCACAGUCAAGAAAAGGCCGUCUGGUGUAAGCUGGAGGAAUCUUGGAAGGUCGAAAAUCAAAUGAGUUGGUAUAUUCACCAAGUGUGCCACUCUCAAGUCCGGAGAUUCAAUUGCAGAGGAACAGCCCAUAAAAUUGACUUUUAUCGAGUUGUUGACAAUUUCCAUAACCUCAAAUUUACGGACACGCUGAGCUUUUGCCUAGCAGAAGAGGCUCCAGAAGCCUCGAACGCGACUGUUUCUAAUUUAUGUGAGCUGGAGACCGAUCUCAGUAGGGUGCCGAAGGAAUUGUUUGAGAAGCGUCAGAACUCGAAUGGGAAAGUUUCUGACUCCCAUGUCCGCAUCGUUGCUCUUCGAUCUGGAAUUCAACGGAAUAUCUUAUGGAACUGUCAGAUCAAGAUACUAGAUAUUUCCGUGACCAAUCUUCUAGCCCAUAUUGCUCGCAGUGAGUGA